GAAGGUCAAUCUUAAAUCAAAAUAAGAUAUUAAGUUGACUGUACCUUGUUCCAAGCCUUCAAAUUGAGAUGGCGACAUUCGUUUCAUACUGGCAACACCACAGUUCCAACGACGUCAGGCGCAAUACCGGCUUUUAUAACGGGUUUUAACGAAUCCAGCUGGCAGGCUGCGCGCCAAUGCUCAGAUCAUUGGCGAUUUGUUUCUGGCAGAGGAAACACCUAUAAUUAAGUUUAGAAAAAUUUCGUAGUAAUUUUCUAAAUUAUUUCAGUUCCAUUAUGGAUAAUUCAAAUCCUAAUAAUGUUCAACAUGUUCCGGAUGUAUCGGCUUUAACUGAGCACGAGCGCAUGACCAGGUUAGAGGAUGUAGUGUCCAAAUUAGCCCACGAGGUAAGGUCUUUACGUGACAAUUUUUCUAGUCGCCCGCGGGAAUACUCCAGUGCUUCGGACGUGUUAUCAAUUGUCUCGCCUGAAGAUAUGGAGACUCCAGAGGCUCCUCCGGUGCCUGUCCCGGGGCCUGCAAGGGAUAUUAGUUUCAAGCUUGAGACUACCCUCAAGUCGUCGGGCGCGAUAACCUCAAAGGAGCAUGCUGAGAUUUUGGACAAGUUGCAGCAUUUCAAUUCAAACAACUGGUCGCAGGUAAGAUACAUAGAUGCUCAGAAUACGUAUGUGUCAUCUCCUGGCUUUACUGAUUUGGAGAGUAAUGACAUGAUAAAGUCUUUUGAUCGUAACCGUGCCCUCGCCGUUACAGAAAAGACUCUAGCAGCUGUGUCUCAUGCUCUCAUCAUACAAAAUGAGAAAUUGAAAGCUGGAUUCGAAACCUUCGUGUCUUGGAUAGGUUCGCAAGGUGAUUGCACGGUUGAGGCGGUAGCAGACAAAAUCAACGAGGUAUUCUCGGAGGGUGACUAUUCUCGUAUUCACUUGGACCUCUUGCAGAUGGUCUGUGGCCGUCGGGCAGACAUUAUCCAACAACGGAGAGAUGGAGUUUUGCACUUCGUCAAGGAUCGCUACAUGAAGGAAUCUCUUCGAAAGAUCCCUCCAACACAGGAACACCUCUUCGAUGACAAGCGGUUUUCUGACUGCAUAACGAAGAAUGGCGGAAUUGAUAAGGUAUUUUUCUGUCCACGCACUCCUGCGCAAGGAGUUGCUAGCAAACGAACUCCUGCGCAAGGAGUCUCACAGCCGGAACAAAGCAAGAAGGCUGCGGACUAUCCUAGUUUCCGCGUGUAUCCUGGGCCCUCUGCUGCUCCCGCCCAGGCUUCGCAGGACAGAAAGCGAAAAGCCGGGCCAUUUCGAUCCAAUCAGCGAAGCGACAAAUAUUACAAGAACAAGCAAGGUAAGCGAUCUCGCAGGCGCUACGACUGACUAUCUCAGCUUCCGGGCGGGUCAACUGGAGCUUUUUAUAAACCAAUGGAAAGCCAUGGGGGCUCCAGGCUACAUAAUCAAAAUUCUGUCUGGGUACCGGAUACCCUUUGUCAAAAAACCGCCUCUAGUUCACCCCUCCAGA